AUGGAUGAUAAAGCGGGGACGGCAACUCCAAUGGAAAGCGGAGAUAUCACAGACAUCUCCAUCAGAAACGGACCAGACACCGUCAUAAAGGAUGAAGCUAAAGCAAAACCUGAAGCUCAAUCAACACAAAACUCAAUCCAAGGGCAAAAUGAAAAAACCUCAGGGCCACGUAUGACCAAGAAGUUCCUCAAGGACCACUGUAGGCAACACAAACUGUACUCCACGCCUUAUUUGAAUGACACACUGUAUCUGCAUUUCAAAGGUUUCUCCACCAUCGAGAACCUGGAGGAUUACACAGGGCUGAGGUGUCUCUGGCUGGAGAGUAACGGACUGGAGAAGAUUGAGAAUCUGGAGGCCCAAACUGAUCUGCGCUGCUUGUUCCUUCAGCAAAACCUCAUAUACAAGCUGGAGAACCUUGAACCCCUGAGAAAGCUCUGCACGCUGAAUGUCUCCAACAACUACAUUUCCAUUAUUGAGAACAUCUCAUGCCUUCCUGAGCUAAGCACUCUGCAGAUUACGCAUAAUAGACUGAAAACUGUGGGGGACAUAGAGCACUUGAGAGAUUGUCCGGCUGUAAAUGUGUUGGACUUGUCUCACAACCUGUUACAUGACCCUGAGAUCCUCACUGUGCUUGAGGCCAUGCCAGAUCUGCGAGUACUGAAUCUGAUGGGAAAUGGAGUGGUGAGACAGAUCCCAAACUACAGAAAAAGUAUGAUUGUACGCCUCAAGCAGCUCACUUUCCUUGAUGAUCGUCCCGUGUUCCCCCAAGACCGUGCAUGUGCAGAGGCAUGGGCUGAAGGAGGGCUGGAGGAAGAGCGCAGGGAGAGGGAGAAGUGGGAAACAAAGGAGAGAAGGAAGAUCCAGGACAGCUUGAAUGCGAUGGCAUUGAUUCGCAAAAAUGGCCAAGAGAGACACCAUCUGCAAGAGCUACAGGUCAAAGGUGAAACUGGUGCACUCUCCAUUCCAGAAAGUCAAGAUGAACACAGCAUCCAAACCCUUGCCCCUUUGCAAGGAGAGGAGGUGCAGGUAUUUGUGGAGGCCAGCCUGGAUGCCCAUGAGGAGUUCUUGGACAGUCAAUCAAAACAGGCGUCUAGUGAACAUGGGAUAAAUGGUGAAGAUGCAAAACAACACCUGCUGGGUCUUGGGCUGCAGAAAGAGCAGUUUGAGAAAGAUGAGGAGGACCAAUUACAGAUGAAGUCUGAGAGAGAUGAGCAAGUAGGUACUGAAAAACAGAUCUUAGAGACAGAAGAAGAAUGUGAACAAGACCAGUUCAAGACGAUUGGAGCAAAGGUAGAGUCGCCUGAAAAAACCCCGGCUCCUGUGUCCAGGGCACCUCCUCUUGAAGGAGAUGAGGUUCUACCGGCUCAUGGUCCUGGACCACUGGUGACAGAGCUGGAGGAUGAGGAGCAGCUGGAAACCAUUCACCUUUCACUAAAUCAAUCACUGCGUGUCGAUGACCUGCCUGAUUUAGAAGAUGUGGAUACAGAAGAUUUUACUGAAAUGUGUUUUCAUCAGGGGUUCAAACCAAAAAUAGAAAUCAUAUCAGAAAGCUUUGAUGAAGAACCAAAUGGGAAUCAGAGUGAUGGCAUCUCAUCUUUUGGUCUAGAUGAAAAGUCAUUUUUAAUGACAUCUGAGGUCUCACAUGAUUCUUCAUCCUUGAUGUAUCCAGAGGGUGACGGCCUUUUACGUCAACCAAAGUCCAACUCAAACAAAUACUCUCCUUCACCAAGCUGCCUGAUUGAGGAACUGGAUUAAUACUCUUAUUUGUAAAUGUUCUAUUUGUGCAAAAUUAGGCUACUGUUAAAUAUAGCCGUUUUGUAAUAAAUAGAAAUUUAAUACUGACAAAAGUUCAGCAAUGAUAAUCCAAUUGGAAAAUGAAUAUUCAUUUGUUAU